AUGGCAAGUGUCCUCCGGACGAGUCUUGUUUUUCAGCUCAUGUGCGGUUUUCAUAGCAUCGCCUUUCGCCUCGAGGCCCCAGCGAACCCUGCAAAAGGGGAGCUCUCCUCAGGAAGCUCCGACUGUGAGACGAAACUGCAGAUGCUCGAAGAGGAACUGUUGCGAUUCUGCCAAUCGGUGCAGGAGGGCUUGAAGAAUGGCCAAUACGAUUGGAUCACGCAUGUCAGAGGUGUAAAUGCCACGGAGAUGGCGCGCGACGUCAUGGAGGCCCUGAGAUGGGGAAGACGAGAUGCAUCACACGGACUACUCUUUACGAAGAGGGCAUUCUAUGACCAGAAUUCCACCUUGCUUCUCUGGAGCGGGGUCUCAUCUGCUUCGCGCGAGAAGUGCUGCACAUCCUUGAACACCUACAUGCUGCAAGCUGGCGGAAAUGACGAUAUCCAGACGCCCUUCGGCAGCAUUUUGGAGAAGAUCAAGAACAAGAACGCUGAUGGACAGCUCUUGCAAGGAUGCGAGUGGCCUCAGCAAGAGCCAAUCUGGCAAGCUGCCUCAGAUGCCGUCGUAUGGCGAAACGGACAUGCUCUGGUGCGAUUCCUGGUGAACAAGCCCUUGAGGGGACCAUGGACUUUGCGGGAGAGCAUCUUCUUUCGCGCUGAGCUCCCCGCACUCGCGAGGUAUCCGCCCAUGGAGGGCCUUCGCGUACUGAAUGAACAUCCACUUGUCAAGUGCCGCCACCUUAUGCCCAUCAUCAGAGACCGGAUUGAGGGUAACGGGCUCCUAGAGGAUUGGCGCAGGGUGAAGACCUUCUCAUGCGUGGACAUCCUGGUCUCCCAGGAGUCGCCGAGUGCAGGGUCGGAGUACAAGCAGCUGGAUGGCCGAGCGACGGAGUUCUUGAAGCCUGGGGAGCGCCUGGCAUCGGACUGUGGCAUGAAGCUCUUGACUCUGGAAAGCUAUAGGGGCUGCUUCAGCAGAGGCCAAAUCGACUUCGGUGUUUUUCAGUGGGUAGCACACCAACUGCCACCUGGCUACAUUCCCGGGAUUGCAAGCUUGAGGUUGCCCCAGCUGUCGAAGGACAUGAAGCAGCUCCCUGCGAUGCUGCCGGACAUUGUGCAGAUGUUCGAUUCGUCUAUCCCACUGGAACUCUGCCUCUGCAGUUCUCUGAAUCAGAGUGAGGAGGCUCUACAACACUUUCCUCCGACAGACUUGCGGACUGCAUGCCGAGAAGGAGCGGAGACAUUGCUGCCUGGGCUCUUGACUUCGGCGGGCGACUAUCACCCUGACAUCCGCCAAGCCGCCGUUCAAGCCUUGAUGUCCAUCGGGAAGGAAGCAAAAGAGUCAGCGCUGCCAGAACUCCGGAAGGCUUUCGGCAACUCGAAUGCUUUUGUCCGCUACGCUGCCACUAAAGUGUUGGGGUCCAUGGGCAAAGAGGCACAAGGAGCCGUGCAAGAGCUCAGGAAUGCCUUGGAUGACUCUGAAUACGUUGUCCGCGGUGGUGCCGCUGAAGCGCUGGGGUCCCUGGGCAAAAAGGCGAAAGCAAAAGAGGUCGUGCUGCCGGUGCUCCGGAACGCUUUGGGCGACUCUAGCGCUUAUGUCCGCCACGGUGCCGCUGAAGCCUUGAGGUCCAUGGGCGAAGAGGCGAAAGAAGCCGUGCCGGAGCUCCGGAAGGCUUUGGGUGACUCUGAGCCUUAUCUCCGCAUAAGUGCCUCUGAGGCCUUGGGCUCCAUCGGCAAGGAGGCAAGGGAAGCAGUGCCGGAGCUCCGGAAGGCGUUGGGCGACUCUAAUUCUGUUGUCCGCACAUAUGCUGCCAAAGCAUUGGUGUCCAUCGGCAAAGAGGCAAAGAAAUCCGUGCCGGAGCUCCGGAAGGCUUUGGGCGACUCUGAAUAUCUUGUCCGCUGUGGUGCUGCGGAAGCACUGGGAGCAAUCGGCACAGAGGCAAAAGAUGCAGUGCCGGAACUUUUGAAGGCUUUGGUUGACUCAUCGACUGCGCUUGUCCGCACAAGUGCCGCUGGGGCCUUGGGAUCCAUCGGUACGGAGGCAAGAGAAGCAGUGCCGGAGCUCCGGAAGGCUUUGGGCGACUCUGAUGCGUCUGUCCGUCAAGCUGCUGCUGACGCCUUGAGGUCGCUCGGGCAGUAG